GACGAGCUGUUUCGGAGAACUUGCGUAUCUGCGUCAUAUGCCGGCUUUUUUAGACCUUACCGGUAUCCGUGCCGCGUAGAGAUUAGUGCUGUGCGCCACUUUACCCGCAUUCCAAGCCAUAGGCAUUGGGGUCUUUCAGUGGGGCAGGCACGGAGCCAUGGAUAAAUAAAGGACGGUUGACAGGUGAAUGUCGCCAUAGUCAUAGUUACAUUUUGAAGACAUGGGUGUGGCGCGCCUGCUCUGGAUCCGGCUGAAGGCGUCGCUGGCCUGCCUGUGGGCGCUGGUCGGUCGGGCCUUCUGCUGUCGCAAGUGGCGCCGCAAGCUCUCCAACGUCGGCCCGCCCAUCUCGGUGGACGUGCAGUCGGUGCCGACCGACCAUGGCGAGCAGGACGACCCAGGGGCCGGCUGGAGCUGGGAGGAGCCGUCGGCCGUCGUCACCGUGCAGGACAAGAUUCGCGCCUACCGGGAGACGCGCUCGCGCGUGUCCGAAUCGGAGCAGCAGGCCCCCGAGCCGGACUUCUUCUCGGACAUGGCUCCGAGCAUAAGGCGCUCGCAGAGGGUGCUGGUCGGGUCGGAGGAGCCCUCGGCCGCCGUCGACGCUGCUGGUCUCUCCUCCCGGCUGGCCUACACCGACAGCAUGGUGAUGCCACAGGCCGCUGAGCUGACCGACUUGGUGGAACCGAGCGCCUGGGAGGCGGACGACAUCCAGCCGGACGCGCUGCAGAGUCACCAGCGCGCGCUGCGGCUGCAGCAGCUGCAGCGUAAGCGCGAGCAGCGUUCCGGGCCGCCCGUGCGGUGACGCGCCGGCCCCAGCCCCAGCCCACCACGGCCGCCGGCCUGACGUGCAGCCGCCACCGGCGUACCGCGGGACGAGCGCUCAGAUGCGGACGGUUGCCUCUGUUUGCGUGGUCUCAUGCGGCUGUUGAGAGAGGAGAAUGGUCGGUGGCCUCGGCAGUAGUCGUGUUUCUGUUGCUCGCGGUUGAUCCGCGGCACGACGCCCUGCUUGCGUUGUAACGAGAGGGCCGGGACGCGGAGCUUUGUUUUCGAAUUCCUUGACCGUCCUGUGGCAAUCGCGGCCCCUCGCCGGCGAACCGUGAUGUGUGGAGAGCUUUGUUAUCUUGUAUGUCGCUGCGACUUUGGGGGCUAGUGGUGUAUGUUGAUUUUGUUCCAUGAAAACAUGAACAAAGGCAGUUA